UAGGAAACUGUGAAAGUAGCUGUUCACUCAAAUUUGAGAUUAACAGCAGACAGCUACCAUGGAGCUAAGUAACAACAUGACAGAACAAUUGCCCGUCACUCAAAAUACAGCGGCGACCAUCAUCCUGAGCCUGGCUUGCCUCGUGGGAGUCCCAGGGAAUGCACUGGUUAUCUGGAUUGUACUUUUUGCCAUGAAGAAACAAAGAUCCCCCACUGUCAUACUCAUCCUGAAUUUGGCGAUAGCUGACGAGCUUGUUCUGAUCACUUUGCCUCUGUGGAUCUAUGCCUUUGUGAACGGCUGGGCCUUUGGACAACCAUUUUGCAAGUUCCUGAGCUACAUCGUCUGCUGCAACAUGUACGUAAGCAUUUUUCUGAUCACUGUGAUGAGUAUCGAACGCUUCAUGGCUGUCAUCUACCCAUUUGCCAGCCAGCGAUGGCGCCAGAACAAGGUUGUUGUGAAGGUGGUGUUCAUUGUCUGGGUUUUGGCUUUGCUCUUUUCAAUUCCUGUCCUUCUUUACCAGGUGGUGGAUGCUGAUGACACUGGACAGCAAUACUGUCUGUACAUGCAGUUUGAAACCGAUAAGGAGGAAAUCUUUUGCACGGUGUUUCAAACUUUGGUUUCCUUUGUCAUUCCCUUCAUGGUGCUGUCCAUUUCUUACUUUUGCAUUGGGAGGAAGGUGAAACGCAUGACGUUUAAUACCAAAAACAGAACUGGGGUGGUGAUUGGCACUGUAGUGAUUGUGUUUUUCAUCUGCUGGAUGCCUCACAAUGUCUUAAAUCUGAUUUCAAUCACAGCACUGAUGACUAGUACAUCAAAUGAAGCCAUAUCAAGAACAUUAAAUGAUAUUUAUUCUGGUGGCACCUUCAUUGCUGGAGCUCUAGCUUUCAUCAACAGCUGCAUCAAUCCUGUAUUGUAUGCAUUUGCUGCCCAGAAAAUUCGUAAUGGUUUUCAAAUAUCAGCCCUGACUAAGUUAUUUGACCAGCUGACCCAUUCUGGUAAAGAAGAAUCAAGAAAAGAAUGCAUGAAUAACACCAGAAAAGACACAAGUAUCACCAUGGAAGAGAUGGAUUGUUUACAGGAUACCUAAAAGUAUCUUUUAUUUCAGCAAAACAAAUUUAGAUAAAGCUUCCUGUUCAAUAACUGCCAAUCCCACAACUUCACGUCUACUUGGGUCUUUCCCAUUAACACCACUGCUCUCUACCACGUAACAAGUUUUGUCAAGAGGAAGCUUCUGGACUUCCUUCUGUGCAGGACGAAAGGAAAGGGCCAUGAGAUAGCCCUCCCAUCUACUCACCAACCCCCUUUUGUUGAAACCUCCAUACAAUAUGACAGCUGAGGCAGAGAAAUGGUCAAUGUGGAAUACUUAUUCUAAGGUCCCAGGCACCGGUGUGACAUGGCAUUGCUUCAAAUCGUUCUCAAAAGUUCUUUCCCCUUACUUUAUUUGCCGGAAAUUACCAUCAAUAAAGUUAGAUGGUUAUGGUUAGUGGGAAGAUUGCAGCAUAAUUUUGAAUCUUUUCCUUCAAACUUUGACAGCUUGUUAAACUGCUUCAGAUUAUCAUUCAUCCACUUCUUGCUGGCAAAGUCGGAAAUUUUCCGAUGACUAUUUGGCGCAAAAGUGUGAUAUUUCAUCGAUGCGGCAAAAUGUUAUGCCUUGUCUUCAGGGGACAAAUUUCUCUUUGUCCAGCUUGCCAAUCAGCAGCCAAAUCUUAUCCAUAGCAAGGGAGCCUGAUCAUCACCUGUUUGGAAUUAGAGAUCUCAAUCACUGAUGCUGCCAAAAUUCAGCUGAUAAUUAAGAAUAUCUAAAUAAAAAUGAUUUCUCUUCGGAAGUGCCAUCAUUACCGAUAACAACACAGAACUUUACCCUCUUGUUAUUGAUUGCGAGCAUGCCUUUCCUUCACUCGAGAGGAUAGGAACAAUCAGAUCCAUAGCUUUUCAAUGGCAGCUACAAUUACCAGAUAACUGGGGUUUCUUAGUGACUGGGUGCAACUCUCACAGCUAUGUCCUGCCACCUGUCUCACUGAGAUAAAUUCUGUUCAUUAAUAGGAAACUGGGGAAAUCUGAACAGAAAGCAGACAAAUUCAGUCAGGACUCGAUUGCAGUCUGAUGCUAAACAACGUAAACAGCCUGAUUAAUGUGAAUCACUUUCAAAGUGACUUGAGCUUUCAGCAUGAUCUAUCACAUUCAUUUCUUACAACAGAAAUUAUUUGCAAUUUACACGAGGGGGAGUUUUGUUGUUGAGUUGUCGAAAUCUAAGUCAAAAAAGAGGAAACAUUGUGAUUGUUCAUUCCUUAAAAAUGUUUUCUGCAUUGACUUUAAAAUUCCUGAUUCCUCAUUUUAGUCACUUAUUGCAGUGCUGAAAUGACAUUGUAGUAUAGAGUGAAACUGCUUAUAUUCUGGGAUAUUGAAGAGUAAUAACUAUGUACCACCACAUAACUAGGUUACAUUCAAUUAACUGUUGCCCUAUAUUAAAGAAACUGUGAACACCUAUAGGGAAUUUUAAUGCUUUGAUAUUGAAAUCAUUGUUUGAGCAGUUGUGCUUGCUUCUGUAACCGUUAGCGGUUUGGCCAGAAUGAUAAAUAAUGUUAUUUGCUAAUUAACCUUGCUAAUAUUAAUGAGAAAAGCAAAGCAUCCAAGUGCUGAUUUUCU